AUGAUGUCCUCUUACUAUCAUCCAGCCAAGGAGGCAGACAUGGCGGCCAUGGCGGAACCACUCUGCCUAGAAAGAGAUGUGUGUAGAGUGAUCGAGCUGUUGGACCGGCUGCAGCGCAGAGGUGAAUUGCCUCCUCCCAAGUUGCAGGCCCUGCAGCGAGUGUUGCAGAGCAAGUUUUGUGCCGCCAUCAGAGAGGUGUACGAGCAACUGUAUGACACGUUAGACAUUGUUGGGGGACCAGAGGUGCGAGCGCAGGCGACAGCAAAGGCCACCGUGGCAGCCUUCGCGGCCAGCGAGGGCCACGCCCACCCCCGGGUGGUGGAGCUGCCAAAGACGGACGAAGGUCUGGGCUUCAAUAUCAUGGGGGGUAAAGAGCAGAACUCCCCCAUCUACAUUUCCAGAGUGAUACCCGCGGGUGUGGCCGACCGACAGGGGGGUCUGAAGAGAGGGGACCAGCUGCUGUCUGUCAAUGGAGUGACUGUGGAAGGGGAGCACCACGAGAAGGCCGUGGAGCUGUUAAAGGCCGCCCAGGGCUCUGUCAAAUUGGUGGUGCGCUACACCCCAAAGGUCCUGGAGGAAAUGGAGGCUCGCUUUGAGAAGAUGAGGACCGCCCGGAGACGACAACAGCAUACAAGUUACACUUCUCUGGAGUCCAGGGGCUAA